AUGGACCCUACUAACGACCCCAACUUCACGCCUCCUUCAAGACAACCUUUAAUUGAACCAACUGCUCCUUCGUCUGCUAUUCCUAAGUUUGCUCCUAUUCAACCUUUAGUAUUGGCCGAUAUGGGUGACCCAGUGGAUGCACCAUCCCCACACCCUCAAAUGUCUUCCAGUGUUUCUGCUACCCAUCUUCAUCAUCAUUUCAAGGAUAAACUGUAUCAAUCCAAGAUCCCCAGAAUCCAUGGCGAUUUGGUAGACUCCUCUUCUGACGACGAGAAGAAGGAAGAACAAGUCGAAGUGGUGUCACGUAAUGUUGCUUCAUUCUCAAUUGAAAGUGACGACUACCAACAGCAACAGCAACAGCAACAGCAACAGCAACAGCAACAGCAACAGCAACAGCAACAGCAGCAGCAACAGCAGCAGCAACAGCAGCAGCAACAUUCAACACGUCCUUCCGUGAUACUUCCGCCAAACCUGCAAGUUCAACUGUAUCAAAUCGCAGACUUGGAGGAAGUGCCCCAUGGAAUCCUAAGACAAGCAAAGACUCUAGAAGAUUAUCAUUUCCCUAGUCAUAGAUUGGCUACUACUAUGCUGGACGAUUCUAAGCAUCCGUUGGUGAUCGUUGCUUGUGGCUCGUUUUCCCCCAUAACCUAUUUACAUCUUCGGAUGUUUGAGAUGGCUCUUGAUGCCAUUCUGGAACAAACUCGAUUUGAAGUCAUUGGUGGGUACUAUUCCCCCGUGUCUUCGAAUUACAAGAAACAGGGGCUUGCACCCGCACACCAUCGGGUUAGAAUGUGCGAGCUUGCAUGUGAGAGAACGUCAUCAUGGUUAAUGGUGGAUGCUUGGGAGUCUUUACAACCCAAAUAUACUCGAACUGCAUUAGUAUUGGAUCAUUUCAACCAGGAGAUCAAUGUUAAAAGAGGUGGAAUCACCACCAAGAAUGGUGAGAAAAGAUUGGUUAAAAUCAUGCUUUUGGCAGGUGGAGAUUUGAUUGAAUCAAUGGGUGAACCAGAUGUAUGGGCUGACCUGGAUUUGCAUCAUAUCUUGGGUAAAUAUGGCUGUCUUAUUGUUGAACGUACUGGAUCUGAUGUUAGACUGUUUUUACUUUCUCAUGAUAUUAUGUAUGAGCACAGACGAAAUAUCUUGGUGAUCAAACAAUUGAUUUACAAUGAUAUUUCCCUGACAAAGAUAAGGCUUUUCAUUAGAAGAGGAAUGUCGGUUCAAUAUCUUUUGCCAAACUCGGUCAUAAGGUAUAUCCAGAAAUAUAAUCUCUAUAUUGAUUCUGAGCCGGUUAAGCAAGUGAUGAACGAGAAAGCCGAUUGA